AUGCUAGAUAAAGGGAUCGCGCAGUCUACGCCCAAGGACUCGGGUAAAUCAUCAGCGACCGAUAUUGUAUCUACUGAUGAAACUGACUUUGAGUCAAGCCCUGAGCUUCAUUAUGCCAAACGUGGAGAGGUCCUGGAAGAAGGCCCAUCGAGCCAGGAAAGUAUCCAAGGCUAUGAUCCGACCUUGAUGAAUGGUAGGACACUGCUCACAGCUGAAGAGGAGAAAAAACUUCUUCGCAAGAUUGAUUCGCGAUUGAUGGCUCUUUGCUCAAUCAUCUUCAUGUUCAAGAAUCUUGACAGCAAUAAUUUGUCAAAUGCGAGAAUAAUGAACAAGGGGACCGAUCAGAAUAUUAUGACGCAGGUGGGAAUUUCAUCAAACGAGUAUAACCUGGUGACAGCGCUUUACUAUAUACCAUAUAUUGUGCUGGAGGCACCGUCCAACCUAUUGAUAAAGAGAUUUUCGCCUUCAAAAUGGCAAUCACGCAUCAUGGUUAGCUGGGGCAUUAUUUCCAUGUGUGGUGCUGCUGUGAGCAAUAAGGGCGGCUUAUAUACAGUCCGAUUCAUGCUGGGCGUGGUCAGUCUCGAUCCCGCCGAGGCUGGUCAAUUCCCGGGGAUCAUUCUUCAGAUGACUUAUUGGUAUCGCCCGGAUGAAAUGUCCCUAAGAUUACUUUACUUUUAUAUCUGUGGCAACUGUGCGAAUAUCUUGAGUGGUCUUCUUGCAUACGCAUUUGAUACCGUAUCUGGUGCUGGUGGACUUUCCGGAUGGCAGUGGUUAUUCCUCAUUGAAGGCAUUGCAACUGUCAUUUACGGUGUUGCUAUAUGGUUCUUGCUCCCUGACUUCCCCGAGACAGCAGACUGGUUGACUGAGAAGGAGAAGAUAUUCAUUCAAGCUCGACUCCCAUCGAAUGCUCCUCGUGCCAGCGAGGAGAAUUUCAACCUACGCGAAGUGAUUGAGUGUCUCAAGGACAUCAGGCUCUGGCUCUUCAUGCUCAUUUGGGCAACAUUUACGGUGGGCACUAACGGCGUUACCUUCUAUCAAUCUACCGUCAUUGCAGACCUCGGCUUUACUACAAUUGCCGAAGCUCAAUUGCUCAAUAUCCCCAUCACAGCAUGUGGCCUUCUUUUCAUUGCGAUCACAGGAAUUACAGCCGACCGCAGCCGUAUCCCUCGGCCGUUAUACCCAUUCUGUUUUCUUCUCAUCAUAAUCGUCUGUUACGGAGUAUUCGUCGCCUACCCCAGCGUCGGUGCCGUGUACGCCGUAACUUUAAUCGGAAACGCAUUGACUGCAGGGUGGUAUCCUGUGAUGUGGCCAUGGCGAGUUCAAACCACGUCUCGGGCUACAGGCUCGGCGUUUUCAAUCGGGUUCGUCAAUAGUUACGGCCAAAUUGGUGGUGCGAUCGGUCCACAGCUGUUCAGAAGCACUUACGCACCACGUUAUAUUGUACCGUUUUCUGUUGCGAUGGGCCUCGUAGGCGCCUGCGCGAUAUUGACUCUUGUGACAUGGUGGGUAACUUGGGAUACGGAGCGAGACACAAGGCGUCUGAAGCUCGCUAAAUUGGCGGCGGAAAAACGUGGAGAAACACUGCUAGAAGAUCUGGUCGAUCGCGAUUUGAAGACUCAUUAA